CUGGUGGGAGGGCCCGGGGGAGACAAUAGACACCAGUUCGAACCGCAGAGCCCGCUGGGAAGGCAGCUGGUUCCUGCGGCUCCGUUUCUUUCGCGGAGGCCGCACCGGUAGUGAGGUCAUAAUCGACAGACGGAAGGAAGCGGCGGAUUGGCUGAAUCCGUUGUUCUUGGCUCCGAGAGCGGUCUCCGCGCGCCCGCUGCAGCGGCUCGAGGCGGGAGCGGGUCAGGGCUCGCCGGUGGUCGGGCUCGCGACGCGCGUGCAGGCGGGAAGCCGCUGCAGUAGCGGCCUCAGGCCGGGGCGAGGCGGGCAGGCGCCGCGGGGCCGAGCCGCGAACAUGGCGGAGGCCGCGGCCUCGGAGCCGCUGGGCCGGAGCCGGCAGGAGGCGGCCUGGGUUGAGACGCUGCGCGGGGACUGCGAGCCCGAGCACCACUGGCGGCACCGCCGCGAGUUCCUGCUGCGCAACGCCGGGGGCCCGCCGGCCGGGGACAGCGGGGCCCUGCAGCGCCUCGUCUCUCUCUCCAUGGUGUGGGCCAACCACGUCUUCCUCGGCUGCCGGUACCCGCUGUCGGUGAUGGAAAAGGUGCUGGAAAUGGCUGAAGGCAUCAAAGUGACCGAUGCGCCCGCCCACACGACGAGAGAUGAACUGGUUGCCAAGGUGAAGAAAAGAGGCAUAUCAAGUAGCAAUGAAGGGGUAGAGGAACCUUGCAAGAAACGAGCUGUUGACAAAAGCAGAGAUUCUAAGGAUGUUGGAAAUGAUGCUAAGUUGGCAAAGACAGAAGUUUCCAAGGAGACGGAGAGCAUGUUGCCGAAGAAAGAGGAAAAAGAUGCGGGAAAAGAUUCAGAGCGUUCACUGACAUCCUCUACCUCAAACCAAGAAAAGAGCACAGUGCCAGGAACAGGAACAGAAACAAAAGCAGCUAAUUAUGAAACCACUGCCAAGCAUAAUUCAGCUGCAGCAUCUGCUUCAUCUGGAACGGAAUCAAAAAUGAAUUAUCAUUCAAAUAUGGAAACCAAACAUGAAAAGAAGAGUACAUUGCCUGGUGUUCCGCUGCCGGCGGUGGCGGCUACCAAAAGCAGCUCCCAGGCCAGCGCUCCGCUGCCGGCGGUGGCGGCUACCAAAAGCAGCUCCCAGGCCAGCGCUUCAGCGCCGGCAGUGGCGGCUACCAAAAGCAGCUCCCAGGCCAGCGCUUCAGCGCCGGCAGUGGCGGCUACCAAAAGCAGCUCCCCGGCCAGCGCUCUGGCGCCAGCGGUGGCGGCUACCAAAAGCAGCUCCCCGGCCAGCGCUCCGCCAGCGGCGGUGGCGGCUACCAAAAGCAGCUCCCAGGCCAGUGCUUCGGUGGCGGCUACCAAAAGCAGCUCCCCGGCCAGCGCUCCGCCAGCGGCUGUGGCGGCUACCAAAAGCAGCUCCCCGGCCAGCGCUCCGCCAGCGGCUGUGGCGGCUACCAAAAGCAGCUCCCAGGCCAGCGCUGCAGCGGUGGCGGCUACCAAAAGCAGCUCCCAGGCCAGCGCUGCGGCGGUGGCGGCUACCAAAAGCAGCUCCCAGGCCAGCGCUCUGCCAGCGGCGGCGGCAGCUGCCAAAAGCAGCUCCCAGGCCAGCGCUCCACCGGCGGCGGCUGCCAAAAGCAGCUCCCAGGCCAGCGCUCCACCGGCGGCGGCUGCCAAAAGCAGCUCCCAGGCCAGCGCUCCACCGGCGGCGGCUGCCAAAAGCAGCUCCCAGGCCAGCGCUCCGCCGGCGGCGGCUGCCAAAAGCAGCUCCCAGGCCAGCGCUCCGCCGGCGGCUGCCAAAAGCAGCUCCCAGGCCAGCGCUCCGCCGGCGGCUGCCAAAAGCAGCUCCCAGGCCAGCGCUCCGCCGGCGGCUGCCAAAAGCAGCUCCCAGGCCAGCGCUCCGCCGGCGGCUGCCAAAAGCAGCUCCCAGGCCAGCGCUCCGCCGGCGGCGCCGGCUGCCAAAAGCAGCUCCCAGGCCAGCGCUGCAGCAGCGGCGGCUGCCAAAAGCAGCUCCCAGGCCAGCGCUGCAGCAGCGGCGGCUGCCAAAAGCAGCUCCCAGGCCAGCGCGCCGGCGGCAGCGGCGGCUGCCAAAAGCAGCUCCCAGGCCAGCGCGCCGGCUGCCAAAAGCAGCUCCCAGGCCAGCGCUCCCGCGCCGGCGCCGGCUGCCAAAAGCAGCUCCCAGGCCAGCGCUCCCGCGCCGGCGCCGGCUGCCAAAAGCAGCUCCCAGGCCAGCGCUCCCGCGCCGGCGCCGGCUGCCAAAAGCAGCUCCCAGGCCAGCGCGCCGGCGCCGGCUGCCAAAAGCAGCUCCCUGGCCAGCGUUCUACUGGUGGCUUCCAAAAGCAGCUCCCAGGCCAGUGCUCCACCGGUGGCUUCCAAAAGCAGCUCCCAGGCUAGUGAAAAUCCUGCUAAAGUGUCAUGGAAGCCAUUAACAAGUGAAGAUGCAAAAGAAAGACAGCCUUUUUUCAAUAGACUGUACAAAGCUGUGGCCUGGAAAUUGGUUGCUGUUGGAGGUUUUAGUCCCAACGUGAAUCAUGCAGAACUUCUAAACUCAUCCAUUCAGUCUGUGAAAGCCACUUUAGAUGUAACUUUUGUUCCACUGAAAGAACUUGCAGACUUGCCUCAAAAUAAAAGCUCUCAUGAAAAUAUAGUUUGUGAACUGAGGUGCAAGUCUGUUUAUUUGGGUACUGGCUGUGGAAAAAGUAAGGAAAAUGCCAAAGCUAUAGCUUCCAGGGAAGCUUUGAAAUUAUUUCUCAAGAAGAAAGUUAUUGUAAAGAUAUGUAAAAGAAAGUACAAAGGACGUGAAAUUGAAGAUUUGGUACUUCUUGAUGAAGAGUCAAAACCCUCAAAUUUACCCCCAGCUUUAAGAAAUCCUCAAGAGAUCCUGUAGGACACAUAGUAACUAAGGGUUACUUUUGUACUCUGAAAAUGUAGGCUUCCAGAAAUUUUGUAUUUCUCAGUUUUGCAGAACAAUUACAUUAUUGUUCCUUUCACGCGGUAGCAAUUGUAAAUAACUUCUUAUAGAUCACAAGAAGUGUGCAUUUAAAGGUAUGCCUUAAUAUAGAGCACACUGGCGUGCUGUUUUAUUUGCUAAAUAGUCUACCUAAGUCUUCUAUUUUUAAUUAAAAGAUUAAGGUACAAUUUGAUUAAAGUCUAAUAAUUUUGUAAUUCUUACGAUUUGGUGGUAGUGUGCUCAGUUGUCUACCAUGUCUUUUUAGCUGCAUAGGAAUAUAUAUGGGACCAUAGUACUUGAAUGGUUGAAAGUUGUUACAUUUCAAGGAAAAGUUUAUCUGUUUGAAAUUUGUUGCCCAUAAUGUUCACUAUUCUUGUUGAAAAGAGAAAAUAGUUGGCUGACUAUUUUUAUGAAAAGUUGUAACAUUUUAAAAUUAAUCCUAAAAUAAUAUGUGAUCCUGUUUAACAUUAUUACAAUAGCAAAUUGUCAGAAAACAAUCAGGGUGAUUUAAACCACCAAAACUCUUUAAGCAAAUUAAACUUACAUUUUGUGAAAUACCAUUUACACUUUGUUUUUCAGAUAAAUGUGGAUUUCUAUAUAAGCAUAUUUUAUGACUGCUACUAUUAAAAACAAUAAACUUCUGGGAUGUCCUCACUUUUAAUAUUUUGUUUUAGCUAUUAAAUGCUUUGAAAACUGACAAUUUUGAUAAAUGUUAGUAACAUCUUUUUUGAAAAAAAAUCUUAGACAUUAAACUGGGUCAGGAGCAUCUGAAAAUGAUCAACAGAGCAGUACUUUUUUUUUAUAUAAAAAGAAAAAUGUACACUGUCUUCAGUGUGGAUGGGUUUCAAGGUGUAGUUACUGGUGGUUCUUAUUGUUUUAUUAAGAUGCACAAGAGAUACUAAUGUAAAACUAGAAUAACAAUAUUUUCCAAUAAAUAAUGGAAUGUAUACUAUUCCCACUCUGCUAUCAUCAAUUAAAUGUGCGGGCAGAGGAAAAUGCAGGUGCUUCUGUUGUGUUGAGUGUGUCUUCUGAAACGAGUUUACACAUAUUUUGAGCCUUAUUUUACUCUGUUUACACACUCAGUACUCACAGUGAUAUCUGGAAGUUUCAUACAAAGAUCAUGGGAAACCAUGGCCCUUUAGGUGCAGCAGUCUGGAAAGAAUUAUAUAAAUGUGAUGUAUAAAACACUGGAUAAUAAAAGUAAUGGCUGAGA